UCGUGAUACAAAAUGUAAAUAAUAUGUGCACACGAACGACAAUAAACAGUAAACAAAUUGGUAAACAAUAAAUCAUUUUUGUGCCUGCAAACCGAAUAGUGAUGAGCAAUAGUAAUGCUGACCAAGGUGACAGUGCUUCUCGCUUUGUUGCUCGGUAGUGGAUGGACGUCACCGCAAGUAAACGCUGUUUCCGUCCAAGAAAUUGACCAUAUAACUAAGAGUGCCUUACAGAACGAACAAUCGCCUCAAUGGACGAACUACGAGGAAGAAUAUGAUGCUACAAGCAGUUGCCGUAUUGCAGCAUUGAAUAUUACCGUUUCAAAAUGGAAAGUGAAUGUGGAAAAAUGGAGCGAAGAAAACAAUACCGAUGUGGUCUACGAUAUGUAUGUCCAUUACACGAAACCCUACAAUACAGCAACCAGCAAACAUGAACUGUUUAAGGACAUCGAACUCCCGACGCACAAUAAGUGUAGUAUUCAGAUGGUAAAAGUUUGUCGAAGCGACAAGCGAAAAUCCAAAUGUUUGUGUGGACAGUGGAAACCAAGUUUGAAAACAGACCAAGUACAAGUUUUGGAAAUUGGAAGCGAACAUAAGUCAUACGUCCUAACAUGGCUAGCGGAAAUGGACGAUUGUGUCGAUCGGUAUGAAGUAUCUCUGUCAGGUACGACAGAGGUAAGUACGAGUAAUCCUUACGUUACACUAAAAGAUUUCACAUUGCACAAGCCGCAUUGCAUCGCAAUCAAGGUGAUAUAUCAAAAUAGAGAUACGCUACAAACAUACAUCAAUAUGCGUGUAUGUAAAUCUGCAUCAGCAGACUCGUCGAAGUGCAGCUUUGAUUUCAUUAUAGAGAAAGGAAAAAAUGGGACAUGGAACAAUACAGGUACCUUUAAUAUUUCGUCCGAUGUGCAAACUGUUACGAAUGGCACUGUAUGUACGAAAUCGUCUCCUGUCUCUUGUGCACCGUCUAAUGGCCGUGCUUCAUUGGCUACGAGCUCAUCAGCAAUGCAACCCGCUGCAGCUGAACCUGUUUCGGCAAAGUUAUCAGCCAUACCGUCCAAGUGUCCAAGUGUUCAAAUAUUUACUUCUGGCGAUGUAACCAUCAGGCCACAAACGAUCGGACCGGUACGAGAUCUUCGCGCAAAUGCGGAUUUUGACAGAAGCAUCCUGUUGACAUGGCAACCUCCAAAGGUUGGUUCCCAUUGCGUUAAGGAGUACCAAAUCACGUGGUCAUCCGAAAGUCGGUUCAUUGAAGCGUCGGACACGACGUACAAUGUAACGCAGCUGGAACCAUGUGUAACGUACCUGUUCACGGUAAACGCUAUCGAUCAUGCCAAUGAUAAAGGAGAGCCAGCUAACAUUACCGCAACGGUGCGUGAACUCCAGCAGUUGUCCGAGGUGACCGAGCUGGAGUUGAACGAGGCAGAACCGCGAUCACUUGCCGUCAAAUGGAAACCACCGGCGAAUGGGAGUUUUUGUGUGCAUUCCUACCGUAUAGUAGCAUGGUUCAAUGCACCCGAAACCGGCCAAGCUGUGGAAGUGUUCGCGAACACCACCAGCGAUCCGUAUGUUACGUUCGGGGAGGUAAUCGCUUGCAUGGUGUACACGGUGCAAGUCAUACCGAUCUCCAUCAGCAAGAAUGACGGUCUGAACGACAUGGGUACGGUGAGGAUAAAGGAACGAACGAUCUUGUCCUACCAUGUGGAACCAAUCCGCGCGAUUGCAAUAAAUUCCCGAAGUCUGGAGCUUUCAACGAUGCUGCUAAGCGAGAACAAUAACAACUGUCUGUUGAUCAGUGUGCAGUAUAACUGUACCAUGAUGGUAGAGAACGAGCCUGAUCCCGAAUCACAGAUUGUAAAGGAAUUUGUCAUCCCGAACGCCAACACCAGUUUCGAAGGCAUAGUGGAGCCUUUGGUACCAUUCACGGUAUAUACGUGCAACGCUCGGAUUCAGAACAUAGCGGGCUGGAGCGAUCCAACAUCGUCAUUAGAGUUCAGAACGGCAGAAGAUGUGCCCGAUAGUCCAAGUGUGUUGGAGCUAGUUGGAGACAAUCGCUCCAUAGAGAUCAAAUGGAAUGCCCCUACCGUGAAGAAUGGAGUGGUUGUACGCUAUCGGAUACAUGUCCGCAUGAUCGGGCCGGAGUAUAUAUUACCCAAGCUGUGUACACCGUUGGAAGAGUUCAACGAAACAGUGGACCUGCGCGACGAAGUGCAUCCAGAUGAAGCACGCAGCUGGGAUGGAAAGGAAUUUAAAUACGUGGUUGCAAUGUUGAAUCCCUACACGCUGUACACGGUGCAGGUGGCGGCCGCUACGGGCGCCGGAUUGGGCCCGUAUACAGAACCAACAGAAGUAGUCACGCUGCCUGAUGUUUCCAACACCACCGAGAGCUUCCAAAUCGAUAAAAUCGAAGGUCCGGAGCUAAAUCAAACUUACAAUUCAUCGGUUUUCUUUUCCUGGAGUCUUCCUUGUGGUUUGCACGGAAGGCUCACACGGUUUGUCGCCCGGAUGGAUGGUAUUCGCGAGCAUGAUCCAUCGGUACCGCAUUCUAUAGACUGGGAGGUUGUCAUUGGAGAGGGAGACGUGAUAAAUGAUACCUACAGCUACGUUGAAAGUCGCCUGAAGCCCGAAUACAACUACACUGUAUCGUUGAGGGUGGAAGUAGCGAACGUGAGUGAGCUCAGCCCCGACGUGAGGUUACAGUUCCAUUCUCCGGCAGGAAUUCCGACGAUCGAUCACACGGAGGAAUGGUUCAAUGUGGAUGUAUUCGAAGCGCCAAAUCCCACCAACACGGCCCGCAUAAGGCUGGGCAACGUGACGUUAACGUCAGACUUUGGCACCGUAAGCUAUAUGGCGCUGUUGAUAUCGGAACGACUGUGUCAGCAGGAUCCAUUGCCCAGUACCGCCUUCAUCGACAACUCCGAAGAGCCCCAAUGGCCCGAGGUACCGGAUUGGUACCGGGCCACCAAUAUGCGGUGUGUGGAACAGUACCAAACGACACCCAGGUUUUGGAAUCCAAUGACGGCACGUUCGACUGGCGAGGACAGACGAAGCGGUGGUAUAGAGUACGUCGUGGGGAAGGAUAGUUGUCAGGGGUGGGGAGAGAGCAAGGUUCAGGACUAUUGCAACGGGCCGCUCAAACCCGGCACGGAGUAUGCGCUCAUCGUGCGAAUAUUCUCCCGUAGCGGUUACACCGACACAGAAAUGCAGGUGUUCCGCACGGAUUCGUUGAUAAAGGUAGGCCUGAUCGUGAGCGCCGUCAUCGGUUGUCUGCUGUUGGCGUUCAUCUUAGGGCUGGUGAUUGUAUGGCGUAAGCAGCGAUUGCUGCUACCGGCACAGCAAACGGGACGCGCACCGACGGAAGAACCGUCCGACAUUCCGAUGAAGAAUUUCCCAGCCCAGUUCGACGAGCUGUUUCAUGCGAACCGGGAAAAAGUUUCGAAAGAGUUCCAAGCGAUCAACUACUACUCCGACUUCGCCCUCCAGGAGACGGUUAGCUUUCAGAGUGCGCGGGAAAACGAGCGCAAGAAUCGUUACAUCAAUAUCUUACCGUUCGACACGAACCGCGUGCUGCUGGACAGCAACGACGACGAGGAGGACAUCGAAAGCGGGGCCAACGAUUACAUCAACGCAUCGUUCAUCGAGGGAUACAAAUACCAGCGGGAAUACAUUGCAACGCAGGGUCCCAAGCAGGAAACGUGCAACGAUUUCUGGCGUAUGGUGUUGCAGUACGAGAUCGAAUCGAUCGUCAUGCUCACGCAACCGAUCGAUCACGAUAAGAACAAGUGUUGCCAAUACUUUCCACGUUUCAAUCAGUUCAUCGAUUUUGGCGACGUACGCGUGAAGUGCACGCAGGAACUGAACCUAUCCCUGUACUACAAACGUCUGUUUCUAGUGUCGAAGGGAAAUCUGACAAAGGCUGUAUUUCAUUACCACUUUCUGGAAUGGCCGGAUCACAGCUGUCCCGCCAGUACAGCGGAUCUGAUCAAGUUUUCCAAAAUAGUACGCGCCGAGCGGAAAAGUUACGCCAUACCGCUUGUGAUACACUGUAGCGCGGGUGUCGGCCGUACCGGUACCUUCAUUGCGCUGGACAUCGUUCUGCAACGGAUGCAGCAGGAGAAGAAAAUCAACGUGUACGAUACGGUGAAGCGAUUACGCCGGCAGCGUGUGAAGAUGGUGCAAACGCUCGACCAGUACGCAUUUCUUUACCAGUGCUGCCUGGAAUAUGUAUCCAAGAAUAAUCGCAAAAAACCAAAGACUAGCAACGUUGAGGUCAUCCGACGCGAUGAUAAAGACAAGCCGUAUCCUGAUGUGAUUCUGGACGUGGAACAGUUGCAGGUCGCCGUAGGUAACGGUGGAAAGCCAUUGUUUAACAUCAAAUUUCCAAAGUCCGUCAAUGCUGGCAUAGGGAACGUGAACAGCUUUGCUCCGAACGAAAUUGAAAGUGAAAAAUAAGCCAUACACGUGCCAACGAACACUUAUGCUCCUGCAGGACCCAGUACUGCAUACAAUGGGGCUUCAUUUUUGUUUUGAUAUUCUGUUGCUUUUUAAUUAGAAAUGUCGAUCUGUGUAAUCUGUGUGUUAGUUGAAGAUUAAUUUAUUAUGCUCAGGAUAUAGUAACGCAUUUAGUGCAUAGGAAAAGUUGAUGUCGUUGCAGAAGGUCUAAGUGCAAUUUUCGUCAAGAAUAUGUAAACUCAUGUGUUGCAAACAGAAGGAUCAGUUUGAAGAGGUAAUGUCAUAUGAGUCAUAUGUUUCAAUGCUGAAAACCGCCCGUCAAUGAUAAGCAGAUAUGGAUUCGAAAGAAUUGAGUGUUUGUGGACGUAUGAUUAAUAAUGAAAAUUUGACUUUUAAUGUACACUAUUGACUCAUCCACGGGUCAAUAGACUUGCGAAUUGUAUACGAACAUGUCCAUCUGUCCAUUAUCUAGUUGUACAAAAAUGUUUGAAAACACUCCAUUCUAUUGGAAAGAACACACAAAUUUCAUACUGUAAACGUUUACAUAAACUAGCGCUAUCGGCUCGGUUACACGGCUACGCUAAGAGCAUCAUGCAGUGUACAAAAUAUGCACGCUGGAGGGACAUACAUGUUAGCUCUUGAAAAACAUGCUCUCCUGGUAUC